CACCGGCUGUGCAUGCACACACGCACACACACUCUCUCUCUCUCUGUUGCUCCUCCGGUGCGUGCGCGUGUGUGUGUGCGGAGGCAUAUUAACUCCGCGCCUGUGGUCAGCCUCUUGUCCUAGGGGAGAAGUGAUGAUUCAGUGGUGAGAUGUGCCACCUUCCACCGAGUUAAAUUACGUCAACUUAUCGCCUCAUCUCCACUCUCCCGCACGACAGCUGGCGCGAUUCGCCUCGGAAAGAACACAGUGGAGUGGAGGAAGAGAGAGAGAGAGAGAGUUUUCCUAAAGACGCUAAGCAGGGUGCAGGUGGAUACCCAAGACUGCUCCAGAAUGAGGGCUUUAGGGAGGACGUGUUAGAUCUGUCCUUUGUCUGCGCCGCAACACUACAGAGGUGUCCAGAGGUGUCCUGAGGUGUCCAGAGGUGUCCUGACGUGUCCUGAGGUGUCCAGUCCUGUCAUGUCGUGGCUGCUGUGGCUGUGGGUGGGCGUGGCAGGGCUGUCACUCUCCCUGUGCCAGGCCACCUUCUACCACACCAUCAAGUAUCCGCACCUCACCCGCCCUGGACGCAACACCAUCCAGAUCAUAGAAGGCGGGACAUGCGAGGUGAUUGCUGCUCACAGGUGCUGCAACAAGAACAAGAUCGAGGAGCGAUCUCAGACCGUGAAGUGCUCUUGUCUCCCGGGGAAGGUGGCAGGGACCACACGCAACAAGCCUUCCUGCGUCGACGCCUCCAUCGUGAUUGGGAAGUGGUGGUGUGAGAUGGAGCCAUGCCUGGAGGGGGAGGAGUGCAAGACGCUGCCAGACAACUCAGGAUGGAUGUGUUACUCUGGCAACAAGAUCAAAACCACCCGGAACACCCAGCCUUACUCCUCUCUGUAGCUGGAGAAGCCAUAUUGAAACCGUCACAGCGAGAGCAACAUCCAACGGAUCAGCUGGUGUGAACCCACCCAAACACUCCCCCCUCCUGGGAUCCUACCCCCUCUGCGACUAAUCAAGUGGGACAGGGUUUUUUUUUUUGCGUGGAAGAACAUGGAUUACUCCGACCAUAAAGCAGUGCAGAGACUGAGGCAUGCGCCCGGCUGAGGAGAGACAUUUCCUCAUUUCCUGGAGCCCUGUGUCAGCCGAUGUCGUCCCUCAGAUGUUGCGAUGAUGGCCGAUAGUGCGGCCCUGCCUGUCCUCAGCUGCAGCAGUAGCACAACAGAGUUGUUGGAUUACCAAUCCCCUGCUCGACACUCGAGGUCAAUUCAGCAAAGACUAGCCGCAAGUCCACCCUCAGAACCUCUAUGGAUUUUAUUUUCAGACAUAACUGGUGUGACCCCUUUCCCCAUUUUAGACUGCAGCGUUGGCUGAACACAUGUACUCUACCUGAGGGAAAUAGGGACUGGUGAACUGCAACCUUUACUCUACCUGAGGGAAAUAGGGACAGGUGAACACGUCUACUCUACCUGAGGGAAAUAGGGACAGGUGAACAACUCUACUCUACCUGAGGGAAAUAGGGACAGGUGAACCGCAACCUCUACUCUACCUGAGGGAAAUAGGGACAGGUGAACACCGCUACUCUACCUGAGGGAAAUAGGGACAGGUGAACCGCAAAGAAUAAGUCGGAUUGGUCAUGUGACUUCUAGCUGUCUCAGCCAUCUGUAUAUAAUCAUUAUCAUUAAUGUAUUAAUAGGCCAUCUGUAUAUAAUCAUCACAUCAUUAAUGUAUUAAUAGGCCAUCUGUAUAUAAUCAUCAUAUCAUUAUUGUAUUAAUAGGCCAUCUGUAUAUAAUCAUCACAUCAUUAUUGUAUUAAUAGGCCAUCUGUAUAUAAUCAUCACAUCAUUAUUGUAUUAAUAGGCCAUCUGUAUAUAAUCAUCACAUCAUUAUUGUAUUAAUAGGCCAUCUGUAUAUAAUCAUCACAUCAUUAUUGUAUUAAUAGGACAAUGGAAAGAGAAUGGACACGUGGUCAAAUUUUGUAGGAAAAGACAGAAUGUGACUCUUACAGAAUCUUACAGCUUGUUGUAUUCAUAGUUCAUGUGCAAAGUAUUUGAAGAAAGCUGAUGACUGUGCUUUCCUGAUGUUUUGCAAAAAUAAAUACAAACCAAGGCCUUGA